CGACAGCAAUGUACAUCUCUCGUGCAACUAAGUUCAAACCGAAACCUCCGCCGUCCUCAUCGAGCCGCAAGUACUUGGAGGAAUCGAAGAAACUUGCCGUAGAAUUCUGUGACAAUACGUCUAUCCAUGGGGUUAAGUAUUUCGUUGGUUCGAAUAGGGCUUUGAUCGAAAAAGUUUGGUGGAUUGUGGUGUUUCUGCUGUCACUCUAUGGUUGCGGUAGGCUGAUCCAAACUGUUUAUAUCAAAUGGGAUCGGGAACCGGUCAUUGUGACGUUUGCUCAGAAACCCACGCCGGUGUUUCAAAUUCCGUUUCCGGCGGUGACAAUCUGCCCGGAGACCAAGGUGAAGGCAUCGAAUUUGAAUUUUACCAAGACGUAUUAUUACAGCAGAUACCCAUUGCUACGGAAGCAACUUACGGACGAUCAAAUCAACAAGCUGUUGGCCAUGCUGCAAGUUUGUGAGUUCGCGUUCAGUGAUCAAUUUGACAACCAAACGUACGAUGAUGAUUGCGUUAGUCUACUGAAGGAGAUGGCUAUUCCACAGGAUGAAAUAUUCGUAGUUUGCAGUUGGAGAACUUCGUACGAAAACUGCACGACCAAUUUCAGAUUAACGUUAACCGAUGUUGGGUUCUGUUACACGUUCAACUCCAUUGCCGGAGAUGAUCUGUUGCGGAAAGAUCAGUUGCACAAUGAUUUUGAGUAUAUAGCGGAAACUCGUUCUUCGAACUGGACUUUGCAUGAAGGCUAUCCACCUGGGACCGAUAUCGAUACAUACCCGAGGCGGGUGUUAGGUGCAGGAAUUAAGGCCGGAAUAGCCGCUCUCAUCAAAGCCAAUGAAAGCGAUUUAGAUUAUUUAUGCGGGAACUCUUUUCAAGGAUUCAAGGUCCUACUGCACAUGCCCAAUGAGUAUCCUCAGCUUCUCAACCAGCAUUUUCGUGUUCCACUCAAUCAAGAAGUAGCCGUAUCGGUGACUCCCCGAAUGAUCAUAACCUCGGAAACCAUUCAGUCGUACAAACCUAACCGUCGACAAUGCUUCUUCAACAACGAACGCUAUUUGAAGUUCUUCAAAGACUAUACCCAGAGCAACUGUGAGCUGGAAUGUCUGGCCAACUUCACACUUCGGCGAUGCGGUUGCGUAAAGUUUUCCAUGCCUCGAUCACCCAACGUAAAAAUCUGCGGAGUCACCAUGGAAAAAUGCUACGAAAUUGCUACGGUCGAACUGUUGGAGAUGGAAGUCAAGUAUCGGGAAAAUCCACGGCUGAAGAACCUGGACGACUGCAACUGUCUGCCGUCCUGCACUUCGGUGCAGUACAACACGGAGAUAUCGCAGGCGUCGUUCGAAUGGAAACGGCUCUUACCCGUGGUGAAGACGUUUGGGGAUUCGUUGAAAGGCGUUCAAGUAUCCUAUUUGAUCGUGUUCUUCAAGGAUGCUCAGUUCAUUCCGGUGAAACGGAGCGAACUGUUUGGUCUGACCGACUUCCUGGCCAAUUGUGGCGGUUUAUUGGGACUGUUCAUGGGAGUGAGCAUUCUGAGUUUGGUGGAAAUUUUCUACUAUUGCUUCAUCAAACCAUUGGUCAUGUGGUGUAAGGCCAGUAAGCCGGAAGGAGAAAAUCAAGUACAGGUGAAAACUGUCAGUAGCUUGGCGGAGCCCAUCAGUAUCUGGAGAUAUGAAGGACAGAUGUAGUUGGGUAAUCCUACGACGUCCGUGCUUUUUGGUUUGCUUCAACCUUUGUAAUAUUUGAAUUCGAAUAAAUUCACGUUAUAAUACAUUCAAUUUA